AUGUCUCGUGCCAAAGUUCCACCCAGCGGAGUCUGGGCUCCAACAAUCACUUUCUUUGACCAUAGUACCGACAGCAUCGAUACAAUAUCUCAAGCCAAAUAUUACAAAUACCUAUCAAAAUCUGGACUUGCUGGAUUGGUGGUGUUGGGGACAAAUUCCGAAACAUUUUUGUUGACACGCGAGGAACGCAAAACAUUGCUCACGGUCGCGCGAGAAGCAUGUGGACCUGCAUACCCGAUUAUGGCUGGUGUUGGUGGCCACUCUACCAAGCAGGUUCUCGAAUUCAUCAGCGACGCAGCAGAUGCAGGCGCCAAUUAUGUCCUCCUUCUGCCUCCGGCUUAUUUCGGAAAACAGACGACACCGGCAGUCAUUAACAGCUUUUUUGAUGAUGUCGCCGAGACUAGCCCUUUGCCAAUUGUUAUAUAUAAUUUUCCGGCGGUCUGCAAUGGAAUUGAUCUGGACUCUGCGACAAUUGCAAGACUGGCAAAGAAGCAUGAAAAUAUCGUUGGCGUGAAGUUGACAUGUGGCGCGGUUGCAAAGAUUACUCGACUUGCAGCCGAGUUUCCCCCAGACAGGUUCGCGACAUUUGGUGGGCAGUCGGACUUUUUGAUUGGGGGACUGGCUGCUGGAUCUGCGGGAACUAUCGCCGGUUUUGCGAAUGUCUUCCCCAAGACUAUAGCCAACAUCUACAGCUUAUAUCAACAAGGAAAACUGAGAGAGGCCAUGGAGCUGCAUAAACAGGCAGCGCUCGCGGAGCAGCCAUGCAAGACUGGAAUUGCGUCUGUCAAGUAUGCUGCUGCGCUAAACACAGCGGUCGCUGCGGGGAUUGAAGGGGCGUUGGAAAAACUGAAGCCACGCCGUCCCUACGUGGAGCCCUCCGAGGCAGAGAAGCAAGCUAUAGAGUCACAGACGGCAAACCUAGUAGCGAUUGAAGCGAGCCUUAAGUAG